UCGCCCCCAAAUCUCACAUUCCCAUGGGCCGCAAAAAGCGAACCUCCGCACCAAACCCUACUCCGCCACCGCCGGACGCCGCCCGCCGGCCGGCGGGGAAGGCGGCCGGCAUCGGCGGGGAAGAUGCCGCCGUGCGCGCCGAGGUCGAUAAGGCGCUCGCGUGCCUGCAGCGGGGCAGCCACGCGCGGGCGCUGCGCCUCAUGAAGGAUGCCCUCGCCCGCCACGGGGAGGCCUCCUCGCCGCUGCUCCUGCGGGCGCACGGCACCGUGCACGCCCGCGCAGCCUCCGUCCUCGACGACCCCGCAGCCCGCGCGCGCCACCACCGGGCCGCGCUCCAGGCGGCCCAGCGCGCCGUCGAGCUCGCGCCGGAGUCCAUCGAGCUGGCCCACUUCCACGCUAUGCUGCUCUUCGACGCCGCCAACGACGCCCGCGCCUACGAGGAGGUCGUCGCCGAGUGCGAGCGCGGCCUCAGCAUCGAGGUCCCCUCCGACCCUUCACCCCACUCCCUCAGGCUGCCCGGCCCCGACGUCGACCAGGUCCAGUCCGAGCUCCGCAGCCUGAUCCAGAAGGCCAACCUCGCCUCCAUCUCCACCUGGGUCAAAACCCUGGGCGGCGCGGGGGACGAUAAGCUUCGCCUCAUCCCUGUGCGCCGUAUCGCCGACGAACCAAUGGAGGGCCGGCUUGUCCCCACGGCGCCCUCCCCGCGCCGCCCAAACGAGAUCAAGAAGGCGACCAAGACCCCCGAGGAGCGCCGCCAGGAGAUCGAGGUACGCCUGGCUGCCAUGAGGCUGCUGCAGCAGCAGAAGGAGCAGAGCAAUGGUGUUGUGUCUGCCACCCCCGCUUCUUCCCUGUCACAGGGAGAUGAGGCCCCCUCAUCGUCUCAGUCAUCAGUGGGUGGACAUAGAGCUGAUCGGAGAAAAGGCGGGUCUAGGAAAGCAACAGGCUCAUCUGCAUCUGAGCGCACUGAUCAGGUGCGUGCCUACUGGGGCUCCAUACCAGUGGAGCAAAGGCUUGCAUUCUUAAACACUAGCAUUUCCGAGCUCAAGUCACACUAUGCUUCUGCAAUACAUAAGGAGAAAGAUGCUGCCAGUGCAGCAUCUGAUGUGCUCAAUGAGGCGAUACAAUUUGCCAUCAAGCAUAGCAAGUGGGAUUUCAUGGUAUGUGGUAGGUGUCGUGAUCAGUUUGCAGAUGUGGAGGCACUCCGGUGGCAUGUCACGGGGGAGCAUGUUGGGCUACUGUCAUCUGAGCUGCAGGAAAUGGUGCCGCAGGAGAUUGAUGCUGACUGGGCAGAAAUGCUCAUUGGUUGGAACUGGAGGCCAUUGGAUGCUACUGCCGCACUGAAACUGUUUGAGGAAGAUCAAAACGACAACCUUGGAACAGAUAGGGACAAGGAAUCGAAUUUGUUGGAUAAUUGGAGUAACAAAGACAAGUCGGACAUGUCAGAAUCCUCAGCUUUGCCACACAACGAGGGGUGUAAUGGUUUUGGAGUGGUGGUGAGUGAAGGUGAUGACAAGUGGCCACUCUCAGAUGAUGGCGAAAGGGCAAACAUUUUAGAAAGAAUCCAUUCAUCGUUCAAAAUCCUUGUGAAGAGCCAUAAUCUUUCAGUGGGCAAUCUAAACAGGGUGAUUCGAUUUGCUGUAGAGGAACUCAGGGGGUUGCCAUCUGGGUCACUACUGCUUAAUCACUCUUUGGACGAGUCGCCACUUUGCAUUCGCUUCUUGGAGGCAUCAUCACUGCGGAAAGUAGCUAAAUUCUUGCAGGACUUAAUGCAGGCCUCUGGACUUAAUAGGAACUUAGAGAAGGCUGAAGGACUAGGUGACGAGGAUAGUUCCCCAAAAAACCAUUAUGUACUGGAGAAGGUUACCCUUAAUUCUGAUUCAUCAGAACUGAUCAUUGAUGGGCAGACCUUUGGUGGAAAGUUUGACUCCGAGAGUGUUGAUACUGAUGCACUGCUUUCAUGGUUGUACGCUGGAUCUUCAGUUGGUGAGCAGCUAUUGGCUUGGAAUCGUAUGAUUGACGAAAGGUCAAAUCAGUGCGUCGACCUUAUUCGGGCACUUGGGAGGGAGUUCAACAGCUUGCAAAACUCAUGUGAACGGAAGCUUGAACAGCUGAGAAAUGAGGAGGCCUUUAUUUCUGUAGAGGGCCUCUUUUAUGAAGAGCAAACACGAAGGGAGCAGGUGGGGCGGUAUGGAUUCCAAACUUUCGAGGAGCUCCUCAGGAAGCGGCAGGUGGAGUUAUUGGAAUGCAAUACUGAGGAGCAGUCCGACAGUAACAGAUCUGAGAUAGAUACAAUCUCAGCUAUUUUGAAGGAACUUCACACAUCACACUUUGGUUAUGAUGAAGCCCUUUCUGGCAUGGCUCCACGCCUUUAUGACUUUGAUGGGGCCGAAGAAGAUGAAUGGAGGCUGCAUGAUUUUAUACAUCCAAAUGAUUCAAUGGUACAAAUGGUUGUAUCAAAGAUGAAGGAACAAGUUUGUAUGGAGAUUAGCAAGGUAGAUGCUAAGAUUAUGCGAAAUUUCUGUGUGAUACGGCAACUAGAGCACAAGCUUGGACCUGUUUCUGCUCUUGAUUAUCGAAUGAUUCUUUUACCCCUUAUGAGAUCGUUCUUGCAAAGCCAUUUGGAAGAGCUGGUGGAUAAGGAUGCAAGAGAGAGAUCUGAUGCUGCAAGAGAAGCCUUCCUAGCCGAACUUGCCUUGGAUGCUAAGAAGAAUGCAAACAAAGGGGGUGAUAUGAAACAAUCCCAUGAGAAAUCAAAGGAUAAGAAGAAGUUUAAGGAUUCUCGUAGAUCAAAGGAGCUCAAGGAUUCAAGCUGGAGUGACCAGUCUCUCAGUCGCCAAGACAGUGCUGACGAGGAAACAGCAGAGACAUUUCAAAUGCUUGCUGAUUGUGAUGAUUUGGAUUGCAAACUCUCGACAAGUGAUGAUUACUUGAAUGAACAAGAGGAAGAACUUAGGCACAGGGUACAACUUGAAGCAGAGGAAAGAAAGCUGGAAGAGACACUGGAAUAUCAACGGCGGAUAGAGGAGGAAGCAAAGCAGAAACAUCUUGCAGAACAAUGUAGAAGUACAUAUGCAUCUUCUGUAACUGGUACACCUUGUCUUUCAAGCACUGGGAAUCAGGAUAAUCAUGAAAGUGCACUCAAUAACUCUUCGCGUACUUAUCUCGAAGGCAUAAAGUUUGGUGACUUUCGCUACACCGAGAACAAUUUCAGCCAGAAACUUAAUGGAUUGGAUUCAUCUGAUGCACAGGCAUUAACCAGCAGUGAUAUGAGUGUUUCUAAGUUGACAUUGAAAAUGAAUGGGGUUUGGAAAAAUGCACAACCUAUAAAGUCUCUCAGUAAUCAUGGCACCCAAAAUUCUAAGAGAAGCUCUAGCGAACCACAAAAUAAGUACUUCCAAGGUGUGCCAGGUGCUAUUUAUGAUGAUAAUGACAAUGAUAGGGCAUCAGGGCCACAAUUUGGUUCGAAAGCUCCUAGAUGGAGCAGCUCUUGUAAAAUAGCUCCCUAUGCAAACCACAGCUAUCAAGCUGGAAAACAGAAUCAGCUACAUGUGUUGCCUUCAGAUGAUCUGCAAUUUGUUCAUAGAGGUCACUCUGCAGGAACAGAGAAGCCAAUUUUUGAGAAAGUUGGCAGUGGUGCAAUACCAUCAGCGGAUGUGUGCAUCGAGGAUGAUUUUGAUAAAAGGUUUCAAGAAGAUCUUGAUGAAGCAAUGCGCCAAAGCCUUGGAUACGAUGCUUAUCCUGCUGGUACGAUAAGCACUUCGAAUGGGACAGAAGUGUAUGGGACUGGCCUUAAAAAUGCUGCUGGUGAAUACAAUUGUUUCUUGAAUGUGAUUAUUCAGUCAUUAUGGCAUAUAAGGCGGUUUCGAGACGAGUUCCUUAAAACAUCAUCACUGCACAAGCAUGUUGAAGAUCCUUGUGCUGUCUGCGCUUUAUAUGGUAUCUUCAUUGACCUGAGCAAAGCAGCCAAGGGACAAGGAGAAGCUGUUGCGCCUACUUCAUUGAGGAUCGCUUUGAGCAAAUCCUACCCGAACAGCAAAUUCUUUCAGGAGGGACAGAUGAAUGAUGCAUCUGAGGUACUGGGUGUAAUCUUUGAGUGUUUGCAUAAGUCGUACACUUCUCGUACUGUCUACCAUGGUAAAUCUCACGACAAGAAUUCUAUUGGAUCAUGGGAUUGUGCAAAUAUUUCUUGCAUAGCACAUAGUCUUUUUGGGAUGGACGUGUAUGAACGGAUGAACUGUCACAAUUGUAAGAUGGAGUCUAGACGGCUCAAGUAUACUUCAUUUUUCCACAAUAUCAAUGCUAGUUCACUCCGAACUGCCAAGAUGAUGUGUCCAGAUUCUUCAUUUGAUGAACUUUUGAAGGUUGUCAUAAUGAAUGAUCAACUAGCUUGUGAUCAAGAUGUUGGUGGCUGUGGAAAACCGAAUCAUAUACACCACAUCCUUUCUACAUUCCCACAUGUCUUCACAGUUGUUUUGGGAUGGCAGAACAACAAAGAGAGUGUGGAUGACAUAUCUGCAACUUUGGCUGGUAUUUCAACUGAGAUAGACAUUAGUAUAUUCUACCGUGGUCUAGAUCAUGGAAGCAAACACACCCUGGUGUCAGUGGUUUGUUACUAUGGCCAGCAUUAUCAUUGUUUUGCCUUCAAGGAUGGACGUUGGGUCAUGUAUGAUGACCAGACAGUCAAGGUUAUAGGUAGUUGGGAUGAUGUGCUCGUGAUGUGUGAAAAGGGCCAUUUGCAACCCCAAGUGCUUUUCUUUGAGGCUGCAAAUUAAUUAUUCUUCAGAGUGGUAAAGUGCUGUGCAGUGGUUAACAUGCCCUCAGAUAUAGGGUUUUUCCCUGUGGCCGUGAAGAUUAGAAAUAGAGUAGCAAAUUUGUUGAGCGGGGGUAUAGAGUAGCAUUCUACAGUUGCGUUGGUUUGAGCUGUUGUCGAGCCCUUCGUAAUAAGCAGUCACCUGAGCAUUCUAGAGCAAAAAUGGAGCUUUUAUCACUCGUUUUUUGCUUUAACCUUCGGUAUAGUUGCUGAACUUCUGAUCCUUCAUCUGCCAAUAAGAUUUCACUGCCGAUCAAGUGGGUGAGGCAUUCGACAUGAACUGCCAUCCAACAAUUCUAGCCGAAUCUGCCAAAAGCUCUUCAUUAUGCACCAAUUAUGUAUAGAAUUUUGUGCUUACAAUGGGGAGGCGGGUAUAGGAGUGCCUGUUUUGAGGCUAGAGGGUUUAGAAUGGAAGGAAAUGGAAUGGAUGAUGCGGUGUAAACUGUAUUUAUCUGUGGAGGGAUUGUUUGAAAAGAGGAAGGCUAUCUGGAAUACGGUACUGACUUUGAGAAAUCUGUAGUACACGAGUCUACUAUAUAUAUACAAUGACUCGAUGAGAUUAUGUGCGAUGAUUAUAGCGAUGAAUACCAGAAUCCGUAUCACUACUGUUGGUAACUUUGACCUUAA